GGAGCUGCCGGGGGCCGGCCAGCCGGGCGCAGUUCCGGACGGGGAAGGGAGCACCGCAGCGGCCAUGGCGCUCGCUGCCCAAGCGCUGCGGCUUCUGUGCGCCAGCGGCGGCUGCCUGGAGCAGGGCGAGCUCCAGCGGCGGCUGCCGGGCCGGCCCACAGCCGAGCAGCUGUCGCGGGCGCUGCGGGACGCGCAGCGGUUCACGCUGGUGUGGCGGCCCGGCGAGGCGGGCGCGGCGGCGGCGGCAGGCGGGGGGGUGGCGGUGGUGGUGGCCACCAGCCCUGUGCGGCUCUGCCAGGAGCACGGCGCGGGCUGCCCGGGGCAGUGCGGGCGGCUGCAUCUCUGCAAGUACCACCUGAAGGGGCUCUGCCGCAACCAGCAGGCCAGGAAGGAAUGCAGGUUUGUUCACAACUUCUACUCUGACCACAAUCUCUGUGUUCUAAAACAAUACGGACUUGAGCAUUUAAACAGUGGUGAACUUCGCCAGCUUCUGCUUCAAAAUGACCCUUCUCUUUUACCAGAGGUCUGCUUGCAUUAUAACAAAGGUGAUGGACCUUAUGGAUCUUGUACUUUUAAAAAGAUCUGCACCAAACUGCAUGUUUGCCAGUACUUUUUGCAGGGACAGUGCAGAUUUGGCAGCAGCUGCAAGCGAUCCCAUGACUUAUUAAAGUCAGAAUGUUAUGAGAAACUGGAGAAACAGGGAAUGAGUUCAGACAUUAUUGAGAAACUGCCCUCCAUUUAUAGGAAUAUGUAUGACAUAAAAAGUGGCAACAGGAACACAUAUGACAUAGAAGAUGCCAAGUCUUCACCAUGCAAAGAGAGAAAACACAGCUCUAGCCGAGAGUCCUCAGCUACAAAUGAUGAAGAAUUGGAACAGAUCUGUUUAUAUCAUCUCUGCAGAAGUUGUGGCUUUAAAGAGAAGUGUAUUAGAACUCAUUUUCACUUGCCAUAUAGAUGGCAGAUUUCUGAUGGUAAUGCCUGGAAGGACUUGAAGAAUAUGGAAGAAAUAGAAAAAGCAUAUUGUGACCCCCAUAACACCAGAUUUAGUAAUGGUGUUACUGAAAGUGGCUCCAUCUUGUCAUGCAUCUGUUUUCUGAAUAUGUGCUGUGGGUUUGAAAAGAUUAGACGUCUUUCUACAGCCUCCUCUGUGACCAAACCCCCUCACUUCAUUCUUACAACAGAAUGGAUCUGGUACUGGGAGGAUGAGUAUGGCCAGUGGCAGGAGUAUGGAAAACAAGAUGUUGAUCAUGUAGCUGCUACUGUCUCCAGUGAUGACCUAGAGAAAGCUUAUAUAGCCAAAGGUUCUCCAAAGCUGAACUUCGAAGCUGGGAGACAUAAAUAUGAACUCAAUUUUGGAGCCAUGAUUCAGAAAAACCUUCGCUACACAACAGAGAGAAGGAUUUGCAGAAGACCUAAAUUUGUCUCUCAGGCCGAGGUAGAAAAGGCAAGAGCAAGGGGCUUUAAACAUACAGAAGAGUUUAGGGGCAUUCCAGCUCACUGGGACAAAUCUGCUGUGCCUGAACUGGGAUUCAAGCUGAUUGAACUUCACCCUUCUUCUGAAGAAUACAAUAAAGUAAAGGUGGACUUCCAGCGCACAAUGCCCAAAACAGUUAUUAAAAGAAUUCGUAGAGUUCAGAACCCAUCUCUCUGGGAACUGUAUCAAUGGCAAAAGGAACAAAUGCAGAAGAGCAAUGGUGGAAAGGCUGCAGAUGAGCGAUUUUUAUUUCAUGGAACCAGUGAAAAAUACAUUGAUGCCAUCUGUCAGCAAAAUUUUGACUGGAGGAUCUGUGGCCUUCAUGGGACAGUCUACGGCAAAGGAAGCUAUUUUGCAAGAGAUGCGUCUUAUUCUGACAACUACUGCAACGAAGACUCAUACACCAAGACAAUGUUUCUGGCACGGGUGCUGGUGGGGGAGUUCACUCUUGGUUGUUCUUCUUAUGUUCGGCCUCCCUUGAAGGACAACCAAAACUUCUAUGAUAGUUGUGUGAAUAACUAUUCAAACCCUUCUAUCUUUGUCAUCUUUGAGAAACAACAGAUUUAUCCAGAGUAUCUCAUAGAAUAUAUUGACCAAGCACUGGCAAAAAUGCUAUAGCAGCAAAACCUGUGCUGGUUUUGCUGGGAUCGAGUUAAUAUUCAUCAUAGUGAUUAGACUCUUUUCUUUUUGUAGCUAGCACAGUCUUUUCUUUUGGAUUUAUAUGAAAAUAAUGUGAUAACACACCGAACUUCCCAUGCCUUUGCGUGGCUCAGAGUUAAUUUUUAAUUUCCAGUAGCUAGGCUGUGUUUUUGAGUUAGUAUGAAAAGAAUGUGAGGACUGGCUAAUGUUUUGGCUGUCGCCAAGGAGACCAAGGACUUUUUCAACUUUCUGGCUACAGGUGCACAUAGAAGCCAGGAGGGAGCAUAACAGGACAGCACCUAGACUGACAUCCAGGCUGGCCAAUGAGCUAUUCCCUACCAUUAGCGUCAUGCUCCAUAUGUAGCUGAAACCAGCUUUUCCAGCUCUGCCAUUUACUCUUUUUUUUCUUCUGGGAUCGGCUGUUCAAGACCAGGGUGCUCUCUUUUCUGAGACCAGCUGUUCAGUAUGAUCAUGUUUGAGCAUGAACUGCUGUCCAGAUCUUCAUUCUUCUGGCAUCGGCUCUUUGGAACUGGAGAUAGCAAUUGCUGCUCAGGAAUGGGCAGAGUAUUGGUCACUGGUUGGUGAGCAGUUGCAUGGUGUAUCACUGAUUUUGUAUAUACAUUGUUAUAAUUUUCUCUUAUGUCUUAUGAAACUGUUUUUAUUAUCAACCUAUGAGUUUCUCCCUUCCCUUCCAAUUUUAUUCCUUAUCCUGGUUAGGGCAGAGGGUGGGAGGUGAGUGAGAGGCUGUGUGGUCCUAGUUGCCAGCUGGGGUUAAACCAUGACAGAGAGUAAAAGUAAUUUUUAGAAGUUUUGUGAUUGGGUAGAUGAAUGUUCAGAAACAUUUAUUCUCUAUUCUUUCUGUGCAAUAGAAAAUGAGGGAUAAAAAGACACAAAGGAUGUCUUAGAAUUCUUAAACUCCUGUGCCUAUCUCCUGUUGUUCAGCAGGCAUCAUGUUUCCCUGCCUUACUAGAAACUUCUGUGUGUUAGUUUAGUUCACUGAUGAUUGUAACAUGAGAACUGGCUAUGACUGCCAAGUUUAAACAAUAUUUAGUUGUAAUUGUUUCAGGAAAGAUCUUUACCCAUGCUUGUUGGUCAGAGGCUGUAUCCUACCUGCUUAUCUUUUAACUCAAAAUUUGAUAAAACCUGGGUUUUUAAAAUAAUGUGUCUCCUGUAGCAGUAGACAUUGAAGCGUUUGCAAAUGAGAUUGUAUAAUCUCUGUGCUCCACUUAUUGCAUGAAUUCUUAGCAGCACUUGUUUUUUGUCCCUAGUAAAUCUUCACCAACAAAGCCUCAAAAAUUAAACUUGCUUGUUUAUUCUGGUUUUGACUGCGAUAUAGUUAAUUUUCUUCCUAGGAGCUCUUAUAGUGCUGUGUUUUGGAUUCAAGAUGAGAGUAAUGUUGAUAACAUGCUGAUGUUUCAGUUGUUGGUGAGCAGUGCUUACACAGAGUCAAGGACUUUUCUGCUUCUCACCCCACCCCACCAGUGAGAAGGCUGGGGGUGCAUAGGAAGCGGAGAAUGGACAGAGCUGGGACGGCUGACCCAGACAGGCCAAAGGGAUAUUCCAUAUGAUGUCGUGCCAAACAAAAGAAACCUGGGUGAAGUUGGCUGGAGGGUGGCAGCUACUUCUCAGGGACUGGCUGGGCAUUGGUCAGCGAGUGGUGAACAGUUGCAUUGUGCAUCAUUUGUUUUGUGAAUUAUUUUAUUAUGAUUAUUAUUUUUCCCUUUUUUGUCCUAUUAAACUGUCCGAUUCUCUGUCCCAGUGGAGGGGAGUGAGCGAACGGCUGUGUGAUGUUUAGCUCCUUGCCAGGUGAAACCACAGCAUUGUUGAAAAGGAACUGGGACUUAUUUUCCCUUGUUAAUUUUCUCAUUUAAAACAAAUACCAAGGACAUGAAGCAUAACAAGGGUUGCUUGGUGCUGUGCUACUCUGAGUUACUUUGUCGAAUAAAUGCUGUAUUUUAGGUCUGUGAGAACUGAAGUUUUUCAUUACUUUCACUGCGUAUGCAGAUGAGAGAGUGCUGGCAGGUGCCCGGGGUAAAAAAGAGGAGGCAACUCCUGCUGUAAUUUAAAAAUAUCAUGGGCGUGAAAUACACAGUUUGCACUACUUGAUUAGCAAAAUAGUUGUUUCUGUGGAGCUACUUUCUGGUACUUUACAGCUGUUGGGAAGCACAGUGAGCGACUCUCAUUAGGUUUACUGUCUCUUUGGUUGCAGGAGAUACACUGGUUACUUCUGGAAUCAAGGUGCCUUUGGACUUUCUUGCAUGAAAAACGUGCUUUCCUGGGCAGUGGUCUUCAGCCACAGAGCUGAAACCUUUUAAAAAUUAUUAGUGUUGAGCAGGAAGCAUACAUGUAUGCAAAUAAAAAAAUACUUGAGCUCUCAAGUAUUUCUUAAGAUUAAAAAGUUGCUGAUGAAUAGAUCAAUACUUUAUCACAAAUUUAAUGCUCCUAAAUGAGUACUUUCUAGCUAUAGUGUGCUGCAAGAGCCUUAAGAUUUACUUCGUAUAGGACCAAAAAAAGCUCAUCUUUACCUGUAUUUGAGAAGUGCUUCUUUUUUAAUUCAUCUGGAUGAUGAGUGACAGGUGUACACUGGGUAAUUCUUGUUAUUUCAGCACUGUGAACCAGGAGCUUAGCCAUGGUUAGCUUGAGUAAGUCUGUGCAGAACUCUGUUUAUGUGACUGUAAAGCUAGCAAGAUGAUACCUAAAGGAAAAUAACUCCAUGUUUAAACCUAGAAAAACACAGGAUGUGGAAAAACAAGUUGACUGCAUUCUUUCUUUUGAAAGAUUUGUAAUAGAAAAUAUAUAAUAAAUCUCAUGUCAGUAAAUGAGCUUGUCAGUAAAUGCUACAUUCAUUGAGGAGUAUGUGUAUGAAAGCUUUUGUACCUGUGCAGAAUAAGAUUUUUCUGCCAAAACAAAAGACAUGUUAAUCUGCACAUUCAUGGCAAAUGAGAAUACUGGUGGUAUGCCUUUCUUUCUCUGAACAUAACCAGCAUUUCAGCUAAGAACUGGAAUAGACGUUAAUCUUUUAAUCAUGUUAAUCUUUUGCCAGAAAACAUUUUUCCAUGCAAAAAGUUGAGACAUUUUUUAAUAACAUUUUUUGAUGGCUAGUAAUAUUUUUAAAACCUUAAUUCUUGGAGAGGAUGUGUUAGUGUGUGUGCAAGUGUGUGUAGAUAAAAUAACUGGAAUAAAAUGGCUGGUUUUGUUACUUUGUCAUCUGUUAUUUCUCCAUUAACACAAAAAAUUACCAUGUUUUCCACUUUUGAAACUGCAAUGGUAAUUUUCUUGUGUGUAGUAAAUAAACAACUAUUUCAACUACUAAA